AUGCAGAAACUUAUCGCUUUUACCGCCUUCCUGGCCUGCGCUGCCGCCGCUCCCGGGCUCCUGAUCGCCCACGAGGCUCCCGUCGUCCACUCCGUGCACACCAUCCCCGUGGUGGGCUCCAAGACCACCAUCACCAAGAGCAGCCAGGUCGUCAACCACGGCAGCCCCGUCGUGCACGCCGUACACACCCCGGUCGUGCAUGCUGCGCCCGUUGUGUCCGUGCACUCUGCUCCCAUCGUCCACGCCGCGCCCGUGGUGCACGCCGCCCCCGUCGUCCAUGCCGUCCACGCCGCUCCUGUCGUGCACGCCGCUCCCCUGGUCUUGAAGACCGCUCCCGCCGCCAUCGCUCACAGCAGCUCAGUUGUUCACCACGGACAUGUCGUCAAGUCCGUCCCCCUGAUUGCUGUCCAUCAUUAAUCGGAUAUUUAGAAUAUAAUACUUUAGUACUUUUUAAAA